AUGAAUUCAUCACCGCAAACACAACCGAAACCCGAGCUCUUCCAUCCUCUCGAUUUCACUGUGCAUGACUUCGUACCGUCCAACACGACAACGCCUGAACAAGAAAUUUUGAACGAAGCUUUCGAACUUAUCCAGGAUUCUAUUAGAAACGGUGUAUGGAAUGAAGUAGAUGUUCCCCAGAAGGGAGAAAUCUGGAUAUCUCGUAACGCGUUUCUGUAUGCUGAGGGACCACCGACAGUUGUCUGUGAGGCUUCUGCAGGAGUUCAGCUGAAGGAAUGGGGUGACGCACUCUCUCGAGGAGAGGUUUUCAACAUCGAAGAUCUGGAAGACUUUCAAUCCUUAGAAAGGCCCUAUCUCGCCGAGACCUCGUUUCAUCUUUCAAAACUUGACCUUUCGGUCUAUCGUAAACGCGCAGGGUCCGUAGGUCCGACAGGAGAGCCUCAGGCUCAGCGAAGGAAACCUUCCCUUGGUCCUUUACAUCGCCUUGUCCCGAAGCCGCAUAUUCACCCUUCUCCAUUCAUCGCUUCUCCAGCCCAUCUCAAAGGCAGGCCGUUCCAAAAAUACAACCCAAUUUUUCUUGCCCCAUAUACCGCCUUCUCCCAACCAGACGAUGCACGUGUGGCCUGGCUUAUCCCUGUGAAUGGCACAUUGCCAUGGGAGAAAGCUUCAAGCGGGUCUUUCCUCGACUCCUCUGAGGAGACGCCGAUCUCGUCUGACUUGGGUACCAUCCUGUGGUCCGAGGAAUCACUGCUAAAUUUCUGGCAGUUUCUCCUCGAUCUGCGACGCGUUGGUGCGUUAGGAUCAUUAGGAAUAUCCUGCCAUUUCGCGCGACAGCAAAAACAACCAAGCCUUCCUCAAAACCAGGCCAAUAUCGAAACUCCUCCGUCUGCAGUUCCAGUCCCUGGCUUCUCAACGACGGAUCACAUCAAACUGUACCACGAUGCAUCCAAAGCAUUUUAUAUCCGCAAUGCCCUCGACCUGUGGUCGUUCCAAAUCGGCAUCGAUCAGGAGCUACCGCGUAAAGUUCGGGUGUUGAAAGGGGCACAUCUUGUCCUCAUGGACAACUCCUCCAGACCUAUUCUUGUCUCGUGA